AUGACAGAAGAAUCGAACCCGAAAACGCUGUACGUGGGUAGUUUGGACCCUUCGGUCACGGAGGAGUUGCUGUGCACACUGUUUAGUCAAAUGGGCACAGUGAAGAGCUGCAAAAUCAUCCGCGAGUCUACUAACGAUCCGUACGCGUUCAUCGAGUACGCCAGCCAUCAGUCUGCCCAGACGGCUCUGGCUGCUAUGAACAAGCGAUUGUUCCUGAAGAAGGAAAUCAAGGUCAAUUGGGCGACGAGCCCGGGCAACCAGCCCAAAACGGACACCAGUCAGCAUCAUCACAUUUUCGUGGGCGAUCUUAGUCCCGAAAUCGACACGGAGACGCUACGGGAGGCAUUCGCGCCGUUCGGCGAAAUUUCUAACUGUCGCAUCGUGCGCGAUCCACAGACGCUCAAGUCCAGGGGAUACGCGUUUGUGUCAUUCGUGAAGAAAGCUGAAGCAGAAAAUGCCAUUGCUAUGAUGAAUGGUCAAUGGCUAGGUUCCCGCUCAAUACGCACAAACUGGUCGACUCGGAAGCCACCGGCACCAAGAGAAAAUUCGAAAGGAAUAAAAAAUGGGAAAACCCCUGGUUUUGAGGAGAUCUAUAACAAUGCCAGCCCCACUAACACGACGGUUUACUGCGGAGGAUUCCCGCCGAAUACAAUUACGGAUGAACUGAUUCAGAAGCAUUUCGUGCAGUUUGGACACAUACACGAUACGCGAGUGUUCAAGGAUAAGGGCUUCGCGUUUAUCCGGUUCGCGAGUAAAGAGUCAGCGGCACGUGCCAUCGAAGGCACAAACAGCAGUGCCGUGCAGGGACAUGCGGUCAAGUGUCACUGGGGCAAGGAGAACGGUGGAGACGUGAACAGCAACGGCAUCAAUGCGUCCGCCAUCGCUGCCGCGGCUGCGUCCGGUAUGAUCGGCAUGAAUAUGAAUGGCAUCGUCAGCCCGAUGCAGCCAAUGCAACCGAAUGCAGCGGCUGCUGCGGCGGCCGCUGCUGCCGUUGCACAGCAGCACAGUGCCAAUCCACAGCUCACGCAAGCCACAGCCGCAGCGGCUGCAGCCGGAGCCCAGUAUCCUUACUCGGCAGCAGCUUACGGGCAGAUGGCAUAUUGGUUUCCGGGAGGAUAUCCUCAGAUACAGACUCAAUACAUGCAGCAAGGAUAUUACACCUAUCCUACGGCAUAUGCUCCUGCGGCUCCGCAACAAUCUAGCACUGCAGGCUAUCGAAUGAUGCAACCAAAUAUGGCAGCAACGGGCUGGGGUAUGCAAACAGUACCGACAGUAGCAACCAAUGGUGCAGCUGCGGCAGCGGCGGCCGCAGCGGCUGCUGCAUCAUCCCAACAGCCAGUGAUGUAUGCAACGAUGCCUCAAUUCCAAACGCAAUGA